CCAAACUGCAGGGUGUUCUUAUCAAGAACUGUCCUUCGUAAGGAGACUCUUCCUGCGUCAGUUAGUUCGCACAAUAGUUAGCAAAACAUUUGAGCACUAUCUAUUAAUUUGAUUCUCUGGGCUAUGCAGCAAUCUAGACAAUUAUUGCGCAGCAUCUUAUCUACUAAGAUUCCCUUAACCCCUUCUCUCAGUUAUUUCUUUGGGUGUUUUAACAGUAGUCAACACACUUUUCCUCGUUCCAGGGCCAUUGUCAUAGAAGACUGAAAUCUGUCUGUGAAACUAAGGAAUUUAUCCCAUUUAUUAUGUAAUUUAUUAUAAUUUUUUAAGAAACACCAAGGAAAUGAAUUGAAACAGCAUUGUGAGAUACUGCAGUUCUUGUCUCAAAUAUAUGUUUGGUAACUUCAGGAAAGAACUUGAAACCCGAGUUGCUUUAAAUGGACCUGAAUUUCAAGAUGCUUUGUCAAAAGAAGUGGCUAAAGAGGAGCAGAGGCAUGAGCAGCGUGUUAAAGAAUUUCAGGAGAAAAUUAAUAUGUUAAACCAGAAGUACAAAGAGUUAGAAGAUGAAUUUCGUUUAGCUUUAACUAUUGAAGCAAAAAGGUAUAAAGAGGUCAAAGAGGAUUUUGACCAUGUUGCUGCUGAUCUCGUUGAACAUAAACAAGCUCUCUUUGAGUUUGAACAAAAGGAAAAAGAGAUGGCAAGUCUGAUCCAAGACAUGACAAGUAUAGUGGAAGAACAGAAAGCAAAGAUUUCAGAAUUAACAAAAUCAAAUGAAGAAGCUACAGCAAACCUAAAGCUUGACUGUAACCAGAGGUUCCACUGGGAGAGAUUCCUCUGGUCCCCAUCAAAUAUCCUCAUUAAUUUCUGCAAGUAA